CGUCCAGCCGUUUGGGAAGAGGAAGGAGAAGGGGAGGAGCUGUACGUCAACCCCUACACGGGUGCUCUGGCUUCGGAGCGCUUCCCCGCGCCGCAGCCCGUGUCCGGCGGUAUCUUGGCGGACGAGAUGGGGCUGGGGAAGACGGUUGAGCUGCUUGCACUCAUCACCGCUCACCGCUUCAAACCAAAACAGGAGCAGCAUCAACGGCAGCAACAACAACAUCAACAACAGCAGUGUUCAGGAAAGGCCGCAGUGGAGAAGACCAAGCAGAAAGAUGAGCGCGUGGAUUGCCCGUGCGGGGUGCGUUUCGCGGACCCGAAUGACCCACGGGUCGGCAGUUACCGCGGCAUUUGGAUCCAGUGCGACAGUUGCAAUGCCUGGGUGCAUGGCGCGUGCGUGGGGGUGAAGCGGGCGCCGAGGGGCGCGUGGGUGUGCACUCGCUGCCUGCGGGCUCGAGCACUGGAGACGGUUUCGGAGCCGUGCGGUGCGACCCUCAUUGUCGUACCCUCAGCCAUCCUGCAGCAAUGGUACGACGAAAUACGGCGGCACGUGCACCCGGGGGCCCUACGUGUGGUGCUGUACGGCGGUCAAACGCAAACUGGAUCCAAUGGCAACGGUGGCGGCGGCAGCAGCGGUGGCCUAGCUGGUGGAUCAGUCGGAGCUCUUGGCUGCGGAGGUGGUGGUGCCAAACGAGGAGCUGGAGGAGGAGGAGGAGCGGCGGUUGGGGGGUCUGAGGAAGACGGGGAGGACGUCGCCGAAUCGAUGGUUGUCAGUGCCCGCCAGCUAGCUUCUGCUGACGUGGUGCUAACCUCCUACGAGGCACUCAGGCGGGAUGUGGCAAGGCAGCCGGAUGUGGUACGGCAGGAACAGGAGGGGGAUGUACGGCCGGAUGAGGGCGAGGAGGGGGAGGAGCAGCAGCAGGAGGGGCGCAGCCUGAGGAGGGGCAAGCGCUACGAGGUGGUUCCCACGCCCCUCACCCGACUGCGCUGGUGGCGGGUGGUGCUGGACGAGGCGCAGAUGGUGGAGAGCGGCGCGGCGCGGGCGGCGGAGAUGGCGCUCAAGCUGCACACGGUGCACAGGUGGUGUGUGAGCGGCACGCCCAUCUCCCGCGGCCUGGAGGACCUGUACGGCCUGCUCGCCUUCCUGCGCGCCCGCCCCUGGAGCGAGCGGCGCUGGUGGGCCCGAUGCGUGCAGCGACCCGUGGAGGAGGCGAGUGACCCGGCGGGUCGGCGCCUGCUGCUGCGGCUGCUGCGACCCACGGCCAUGAAUGCUGCUGGUGCUGUCAGUGCUGCUGCUGGUGGUUGCAACUCAGGAAAGG